AUGACAAUCUUUGAUUCAAUUGCUUUAAUUUCAAAAUCAUCAAAAAGUGGUCUCACUUCUGGUAAUACUACCUCAAAAUUAAAUGGUAUAACUGUUGGUGGUAAUAAUGUAUCCAGUGUUAAUUGUGGUGGAUGUGGAGGUUAUACUAACAAUGAACCUUCAUUGUAUGGAGGUAAUUGUGGAUGUAACUAA